GUGGCUUUCGGGGUAGCGGUAACGUGCGUCCCCCUGAUCACCGACUCAUUUCCAUCUUUUUGUCUUCAUGCGUUUGAUUGUAUGUGUUUAGUCUUAGAUAAGUAUGACUGAAAGCGCGGGGAAUAAAAAUGAGGAUUGUCAUGCAGCGAAUGGGGUGAAACCAGGAAGAAAUGGCAUGGUGAAGAACCAUCAUCACCAUCAUCAGUAUCAAAAGCAGGAGAAGGUUUGCCAUGCUGCAUGCAAUGGAGAACUUUACAGCAGGCCGUUCAUCGAGUCCUUUGAGGAAACUCCCAUGCUGCUUGCCGUGCUCACGUACAUGAGCUACGGCAUCCUCACGAUCUUUGGAUAUCUGCGGGAUUUCAUGAGGGAGUGGAAAAUAGAAAAAUGCCACACAGCCAGAGAAAGGGAGGAGCAGAAGGACUUUGUUCCACUUUAUCAAGACUUUGAGAAUUUUUACACAAGGAAUAUAUACAUGAGGAUUCGGGACAGCUGGAACAGGCCCAUUUGCAGUGUUCCUGGGGCCACUUUUGACCUUGUUGAAUGCAGUUCCAAUGAUUACAACUGGACCUUUGAGUACACCGGGCGAGUGGUGAAGGAUGUGAUAAACCUUGGCUCGUAUAAUUAUCUGGGCUUUGCAGAGAACACAGGCGCCUGUGCCACAGCUGCUGGAGAGGUGACGGUGAAAUUUGGGGUGGGCGUGGCCAGCACUAGACAGGAAAUGGGCAACCUCGACAGGCAUGAAGAGUUGGAGAAACUGGCGGCGUCAUUCCUGGGAGUGGAGUCGGCUAUGGUUUUCGGCAUGGGGUUUGCAACCAACUCCAUGAACAUUCCUGCGUUAGUUGGCAAGGGAUGCCUGAUUCUCAGUGACGAGUUGAACCAUGCCUCUCUGGUACUGGGAGCCCGGCUGUCCAGCUCCACCAUCCGGGUCUUUAAACACAACAAUAUGCAGAGCCUGGAGAAGUUGCUCAGAGACGCUAUCGUUCAUGGUCAGCCUAGAACACAUCGACCUUGGAAGAAAAUCCUCAUUCUUAUGGAGGGCAUCUACAGUAUGGAGGGCUCCAUUAUACGGCUGCCAGAAGUUAUAGCCCUGAAAAAGAAGUACAAGGCCUAUCUUUAUCUGGAUGAGGCUCACAGUAUUGGGGCAUUAGGACUCAACGGUCGAGGGGUGGUGGAGUAUUUUGGAUUGGACCCCAAAGAUGUAGAUGUCAUGAUGGGCACCUUCACAAAGAGCUUCAGUGCUGCUGGUGGAUACGUAGGAGGGAGGAAGGAUUUAAUCGACUACCUGCGAACUCACUCUCACAGUGCAAUUUACGCCACCACUAUGUCGCUUCCUGUCGUGGAGCAAAUCCUUACUUCUAUGAAGUGCAUUAUGGGGAAGGAUGGAACAACAAUAGGCCUUUCACGUAUCCAGCGGUUGGCUGAAAACACAGUCUAUUUCCGUAGGAGACUGCAGGAGAUGGGAUUCAUCAUCUAUGGCAACAAUGACUCACCUGUGGUACCCAUGAUGCUCUACAUGCCCGCCAAAUUAGGGGCGUUUGGUCGGGAGAUGUUGAAGAGAAACAUUGGAGUAGUGGGGGUGGGCUUCCCAGCCACGCCGAUCAUAGAGUCCAGAGCCCGCUUCUGUAUCUCUGCGGCCCACACCAAGGAAAUGCUGGACAGGGCGCUGGAUGUGAUCAGUGAAGUCGGCGAUCUGCUGCAUCUGAAGUAUUCGCGGCACAAAGUUCUUCCCUCAUUGGACCGGCCCUUUGAUGAGACCACAUAUGAGGAGAACGAAGAGUGACGUACUUCCUAUCUGAACCAAAUGUGCACUGCUCAUCUUCUGCUCUCGAAAGGAAGCAGCGAACCACUUAAUAAAUAUAACUUUUUUAAACUUAGGUAUAUCAUCUUUAUUUUAACACAUAAAGCUCUAAACAACAGCAAAACAUUGAUGCUUUUAGAAAAA